AUGCUGCAGUGCAAACACGCUCAGGAAUUCAGCUUCGGGCCCCGCGCUCUGAAGGAUGCUCUCAUCUCCACCAACCCAGCCCUGCAGGAGCUCUAUGUCAAAGCCUUCUCCAGCGCCGAGAAGCUCUUCCUCUCCGAAGCCUACAACCCCCAGCGAACGCUCUUCUGCUCGCUGCUCAUCAGGACGGCCUUCGACUGGCUCCUCAGCCAUCCCGAUGCCCCCGAAGACUUCGAAACCUUCUACCACUCCAUGCUGAGGAGGAAGCAGAAUUUCUAUCGCAAGCACAUUUACUUGCAGCCGAUAGACUUAACCGAAGGGCCCGCGGGGCUCUCGCUGCUCGACUCCCUGCAAAGCUGCGUCGAGUCCUUCUUCCUGGGCCUCCGCGUCAAGUGCCUUCCCUCCAUCCCCGUCUCCUCCAUCCACUGCUGCUACCGCCACUGCCGGGACUCGGACCGAGUGCAGCUGCACGCAGAUGGGAUCCUGAAUUUCCUGAAGAACAACAAGCCCAUGGAUGCCCUGUGUGUCCUGGGACUCACACUGCUGGACCUUUACCCCUGUGAGACCUGGAGCUUCACAUUCAGCAAAUUCCUGCCCGGACAAGAAGUGGGAGUUUGCAGCUUUGCCAGAUUUUCGGGGGAUUUCCCCCCAUCUGGCUGCAGCAACUGGACUCCCCUGGUGCAGAAGGAAGGUCCGUGCGAAGCCAGCAGGGAAAGCAGAGAGCGGACGGUGCCGUUCAGCGCCCUCGAGAUGGUCCAGUGCUGCAAGGUGACGUGCCACGAGAUCUGCCACCUGAUGGGGCUGGGGACCUGCCGCUGGCUGCAGUGCAUCAUGCAGGGCGCGCUGAGCCUCGACGAGGCCCUGCUGCGGCCCCUGGAGCCCUGUCCCAUCUGCCUCCGCAAGCUGCAGCACGUCGUGGGCUUCAAGCUCGUCGAGCGCUACAGGAAGCUGUACGCGUGGACGCAGACGGUGCUGUCGGGCUGGCCGCGGCAUGGCCCGGCCGAGCUGUCGGCCUCCGAGGACCCCCUGCCGCUCAGCUCGGACUCGGGCCUGUGCUGCGAGCACGACUCGGAGGCCGUGACCUCGCUGUCGGAGCCGCUGACGCCGGACGCGUGCAGCCAGGCCCUGUCGGUGGCGCCGGAGCUGGAGGCGGACGAGCAGCCCUGCUCGCCGGGCGAGGCGCGCGGCCCGGCCCCGCUCGCCGCCCGGCCUGCCGACGCCGUCAGGGAGUACGAGCUGUGGCUGGAGGCCUCCAUCGCCGCCCUCGAGAGGAACGUCUCCGAGGAAGAGCUGGCGCGCGUGGACCAGGCCGUGGACGCGCUGGCCAGGUGGGAGAUGUUCACGGGGCAGCUGCCCGCCGUGAGGAAGGAUCUGCCCUUCGCCAGGGACCACGCGGGGCUGCGGAAAGUUCUCGGAGACAAAUUUUCCUCCCUGCGGAGGAAACUCAGCUCAAGAAAACUGGCCAAAGGGGAAUCGUCCCCGCAUCGCUGGAGGUGGGAGGAAAACUAGUGUGGCUCUGCCUCAGGUUGGGCUCACGCAGCUUUGGUUACCUUUUUGUUUUGCUCCUCAUCUUUCUCAGCACGAGUUGUUGCUAUCAAAGAGAGAAAGGAGCUCCCCCCAGGAAUAAAAUGUG